AUGGUAUGGUAUCACCCUCAGGUAAAGAAGCAAGACGUAUGGUUGGACGAGUGUGAGUUCGACAUCUCCAAGUGGGAAGGUCGCUACCGCCACGAGCAGGGGGAGCAUGAGAAGACUGAGAGGAAGUAUAAGGAGGCUCUCGAGAAGGCGGACAAGGAGAGGGUUGUGUUGAGGAAGGAAGCUCAGAGGCUUUCACUGGAGUUGGAGCGGGUGUUGGAGGGAAAAGAGAAGUUGGAGGCAACGAUGAAGGAACUUGAAGCAACUGCUGCAGUGGAGAGGAAAAAGCCCGAGAGCCGUACCACAUCUAGUUCAACCAGUAUGUCAAUGAAGAGUCUGGUCUCGUACGAGCAACGGAUCGUAGCGUUGAAGAUGGAGACGGUGAAGUUGAAGCAAGAGGCUGAGGCGGUUGAGGGUAGCGGUGGUUGA